AGAGGGAGAAUGUGCAGGAGGAGGAGAGAGAUAGCAGCGGGAUGGGUGAAUGGGAGAGUGGCCAGAGCCGUUGGCCAAUGGCAAUGCGGGGCGAGGCUGAGGGUGAGCCGGGGGGACCGGAUCCUGGUGGAUCAGCUGGGCUCCCGCACUACCACCUCCUGCCAUUCCGCGAGCCGUCUGGACGCCGUAAGCCAAUGAGACGUCCUGCCCAGCACCAGCGCCCAAUCAACGACCCCAACAGGCAUGGAGAGCCAAUCGGGGGCCUGGCUGAAUGCCCAGAACCAAUCACAGGCCUUGCAGAAGACCAGGAGCCAAUCAAAGGCCUUGCUGAAGACCAGGAGCCAAUCGGACGCCCUGCUGAAGACCAGGAACCAACCAGAGGCCUUGAAAACCAUCAUGAACCAAUCGCGGGCCAUGACAAAUGUCAAGAGCCAAUCCCAGGCCUUGGCAAAAAUCAGGACCUAAUCCCAGCCCUUAACGAAGAUCAGAAGCCAAUCACGGGCCUUGGCAAAGUCCAACAGCCAAUCACAGGCCUUGAUGAAGACCAGGUCCCAAUCCUGGGCCUGGAUGGAGACCAGUGGCCAAUCCUGAGCCUUGAGGAAUUCCAUGGGCCAAUCCGGGGCCUUUGCGAAGACCAGAGGCCAAUCCCAGGCCUUGGGAAAGACCAGGGUCCAAUCCCAGGCCUUGGGGAAGACCAGAGACCAAGCCCAGGCCUUGGGGAAGACCAGGGUCCAAUCCCAGGCCUUGGGGAAGACCAGAGACCAAUCCCAGGCCUUGGGGAAGACCAGGGUCCAAUCCCAGGCCUUGGGGAAGACCAGAGACCAAUCCCAGGCCUUGGGGAAAACCAGAGACCAAUCCCAGGCCUUGGGGAAAACCAGAGACCAAUCCCAGGCCUUGGAGAAGAUCAGGGUGCAAUCCUGGACGUGGACACAGACCAGGAGCCAUUCCCGGGCCUGGACACAGACCAGGGGCCAAUCCCGGGCCUGGACACAGACCAGCGGCCAAUCCCAGGCCUGGACACAGACCAGCGGCCAAUCCCGGGCCUGGACAGAGACCAGCGGCCAAUCCCGGGCCCGGACACAGACCAGCGGCCAAUCCCGGGCCUGGACAGAGACCAGCAGCCAAUCCCGGGCCUGGACAGAGACCAGCGGCCAAUCCCGGGCCUGGACAGAGACCAGGGGCCAAUCCCGGGCCCGGACAGAGACCAGCAGCCAAUCCCGGGCCCGGACACAGACCAGCGGCCAAUCCCGGGCCUGGACAGAGACCAGCGGCCAAUCCCGGGCCUGGAUAAAGACCAGCGGCCAAUCCCGGGCCUGGACAGAGACCAGCGGCCAAUCCCAGGCCUUGAUAAAGACCAGCGGCCAAUCCCGGGCCUGGAUAAAGACCAGCGGCCAAUCCCGGGCCUGGAUAAAGACCAGCGGCCAAUCCCGGGCCUGGAUAGAGACCAGCGGCCAAUCCCAGGCCUGGACAGAGACCAGCGGCCAAUCCCGGGCCUUGAUAAAGACCAGCGGCCAAUCUCGGGCCUGGAUAAAGACCAGCGGCCAAUCCCAGGCCUGGACAGAGACCAGCGGCCAAUCCCGGGCCUGGAUAAAGACCAGCGGCCAAUCCCGGGCCUGGAUAAAGACCAGCGGCCAAUCCCAGGCCUUGAUAAAGACCAGCGGCCAAUCUCGGGCCUGGAUAAAGACCAGCAGCCAAUCCCAGGCCUUGGGGAAGACCAGCAGCCAAUCCCAGGCCUGGACAGAGACCAGGGGCCAAUCUCGGGCCUGGACAGAGCGCAGCGGCCAAUCCCGGGCCUGGACAGAGACCAGGGGCCAAUCCCGGGCCAGGACAGAGCGCAGCGGCCAAUCUCAGGCCUUGAUAAAGACCAGCGGCCAAUCUCGGGCCCGGGCCUUGGGGAAGACCAGCAGCCAAUCCCAGGCCUUGAUAAAGACCAGCGGCCAAUCUCGGGCCUGGACAGAGACCAGGGGCCAAUCCCGGGCCUGGACAGAGACCAGGGGCCAAUCCCAGGCCCGGACAGAGCGCAGCGGCCAAUCUCAGGCCUUGAUAAAGACCAGCGGCCAAUCUCGGGCCUGGACAGAGACCAGCGGCCAAUCCCGGGCCUGGACAGAGACCAGGGGCCAAUCCCGGGCCUGGACAGAGAGCAGAGGCCAAUCCCGGGCCUGGACAGAGACCAGCAGCCAAUCCCGGGUCUGGACAGAGAGCAGCGGCCAAUCCCGGGCCUGGACAGAGAGCAGCGGCCAAUCCCGGGCCCGGACAGAGACCAGGGGCCAAUCCCGGGCCUUGGGGAAGACCAGCAGCCAAUCCCAGGCCUUGAUAAAGACCAGCGGCCAAUCCCGGGCCUGGACAGAGACCCGGGUCGAAUCCCAGGACUAGGCGAAGACCAGGGGCCAAUCCCGGGCCUUGUGGAAGACCAGGAGCCUAUCCCGGGCCUUGGGGACGACCAGCAGCCAAUCCCAGGCCUUGAUAAAGACCAGCGGCCAAUCCCGGGCCUGGACAGAGCCCAGGGGCCAAUCCCGGGCCUUGAUAAAGACCAGCGGCCAAUCCCGGGCCUGGACAGAGACCAGGGGCCAAUCCCGGGCGUGGACAGAGACCAGGGGCCAAUCCCGGGCCUGGACAGAGCCCAGCGGCCAAUCCCGGGCCUGGACAGAGCCCAGGGGCCAAUCCCGGGCCCGGACAGAGACCAGGGGCCAAUCCCGGGCCUGGACAGAGCGCAGCCGCCAAUCCCGGGCCUGGACAGAGCCCAGGGGCCAAUCCCGGGCCUGGACAGAGCCCAGCGGCCAAUCCCGGGCCUGGGUGUGCGGGGGGCACGGGCGGAGAGGCUGGUCCAGCAGCCUUUGCCCAAUGGCUUCCUGCUGCAGGUGUGUAAGGAGGAGCUGACCCCCAGUCUGAGAGAGGGCACCACUGCCAGCUACGUGACUCCCUACGGCAGCCGGCAGGGCGCCGGGCCUGGCCGGCGGGGACGGGCCGAGCGGCCUCCGGCCGGGGUCAGAGGUCAGCGUCCGGCCAAGAGGAGGGGGGCGCCGGCGGCGGCGGCCAUGGUGGAGGAGGUGGGCGACGGCAAAGAGAAGGACCCGUGGGCGUCCGGGCCUGU